AGUGAUUCUACCACAUAGAACGUUAUAGUCAGACAGCAUCGUACGCGUUGGCUCCAUUCUGUUCACUUGAUUCGCGUUCUUCAAUCUUCGUGUCCGUUAUUCACUACGGGUCUCAUAACUUUUUCCUAUUACGAAUAUAUCUGUCGUAUCCAGUGUAAUAGUCGAACGUGACCAAGUCGAAGAUGAAUGUCGUUACGGCGAUACUUUUGGUGGUUACCUGUUUCAGCUAUGCUAUUGCAAAUAUUGAUUUAGAUGAAGGUGUAUUGGUAAUUAACAAGGACAAUUUUGAAUCGGCGAUCAAGGAUAAUGAAUUCAUUCUUAUCGAAUUCUAUGCACCAUGGUGUGGGCAUUGCAAGGCAUUGGCACCUGAAUACGUAAAGGCAGCCAAACAAUUGGCAGAUUCAGGUUCUGAUAUUAAGUUAGCUAAAGUUGAUGCAACUAUAGAAACUGAAUUAGCAGAGAAACACGGCGUCAGAGGAUAUCCCACUCUUAAGUUUUACCGUAAAGGAAUUUCUAUUGAGUACAAUGGUGGACGUUUAGCAGAUGAUAUCGUAAAUUGGCUUGUUAAGAAAACAGGAUCCGUUGCUAAAGAUUUAUCUUCCAUAAAGAUUGCUAAGGCUUUCAUUGAUGAACAUGAAGUUUCAAUAAUUGGAUUCUUCAAGGAUCUAGAAUCUGAAGCCGCUAAGGUAUUCUUGGAAGUUGCAAAUGCAGUUGAUCAUUACACAUUUGGUAUUUCCAAUGCUGAUGAAGUAUUGAAAGAAUAUGAAGCAGAAGAUGGUAAUAUUAUAUUGUUUAAGAAGUUUGAUGAAGGCAAGACCAAAUUUACAGAAGAACCUACCUUCAAGAAUAUUCAAAACUUCAUCAGUAUAUAUUCAUUACCUUUAAUUGUUGACUUCAACCAAGAUACAGCUCAAAAGAUAUUUGGUGGUGACAUUAAGAGUCACCUUUUAGUUUUUAUAAGUAAAAAAGAUCGUAAUUCUGAGAAAUUAAUUAAAAAAAUUGAGGAGCCUGCAAAGAAAUUCCGUGGAGAGGUUUUGUUCGUAACCAUCGAUUCAGAUGAAGCUGAUCAUGAGCGAAUCUUAGAUUACUUUGGCAUAAAGAAUAAAGAUGUUCCUGUUAUGCGUCUUAUUAAAUUAGAAGGAGAUAUGAUAAAGUAUAAACCUGAAAAUCCAGAAAUAAGCAGUGAAAAUGUUUUAGAAUUUGUAAAUGCUUUCAUAGAAGGCAAAUUGAAGAGACAUUUACUUACUGAGGACUUGCCUAAAGAUUGGGAUAAACAUUCUGUUAAAGUUCUUGUUGGUACUAACUUCCAUGAAGUUGCAUUUAAUAAAGAAAAAGACGUUUUAGUUGAAUUUUAUGCUCCUUGGUGUGGACAUUGCCAACAGCUUGCACCUAUUUACGAAGAAUUAGGAAAGAAAUAUGAAGAUAGUGAAUCUGUAGUGAUAGCAAAAAUGGACGCUACUGUGAAUGAAUUGGAAGACGUAAAGAUUAUCAAUUAUCCAACAAUUACCCUUUACAAGAAAGGAACAAAUGAGGCUGUUGAUUACAACGGCGAGAGGACACUCGCGGAAUUAGCUAAAUUCAUUGAAUCUGGUGGUGCAUAUGACCAAGGUGUAAAAGAGGUUCAGGAAGAAGAUGAAGAUGACGAUGUGCCAAGAAAAGACGAAUUAUAGGCGCACAUAAUCAAAUGGAAUAAAAUUACUAUUGUCCCUUCUAUUUCCUGCAUCCAAUCAAUGAAUUCCACAAUUUCCUCUUAAAGAAACAUUCGUUUAUACAAAGAUUUUUUUAAAUGGUGCAUCUUGAUUUAUUAUAUUUAAGUUUUAUAUUUCUAAAACAAGGCGUCGUACUGUACAAUUAAUUAUUAAGGAGAAAAUUGCAUUUCAGGAUUCUUGAGAUAAGUCUAGUAUCGUUGUGAGUGGCACGAAGUGUUCAUUAUGAUCAUUAUUAUUAUUUUUUUUUUAAAAUCUUUAUUUCGAUAUUAAUUCAUACAAAGACAGAUAUUAACUUAUACGUUUUAUAUACUAAUCUUAUUAUGAGUCAGUAAUCCCUGAAAACUCGAAUGUUUUCAGAUUGUGCCUGCUUCCGUUGUCGUGAUAUCAAUGAGUGUGAAAACAGGAUACGUAAAAUAAUCAUGAAGCUGAGUUUGGUACACCUAAGCCAAUUUUUAUUUUUAUAUAAGAUAACUUAUUGCAAUGGAACUGUAUUUCUCUGAAACUAAAUACAGUAAGAACAUUGCAGAAUCACGAUAUUAGAGGCAACGACUCAUACAUAUUACAUUUCCAUUACAGCAUUUACAUCAAUCAUUAACUUGAUUGUCUUGAACUCUAGCGUAGGCAGCGAUUUUGAUGUUUUCCUAAAUUCAAUGGACUGAAAACUAACAAGCUAUAGUCCAUUUAACGAGACGAGUCACGUAUAUUAAUGAAUAUACAUGAUGGGGACAUUAUUGAAUCAGGAACGUAUUCACAACCAUCAGAUAAUUUAACUGUUUUCGAGCGGGAAGUCGAAGUAAGCCCUACCAACGUCCUAUGUAAUUCGUUCCUGAAUUUAACAAUUGACUACUGUUUGCUUGCCAAUAGCUGGAGUCUCUUACAACUAUCAUGCGCUUACCAUACGAUUAUUUUGUUCGUCUCUCUUGACUCGUUUCGUUAAACUAACUAUAGUAAUUGGAUAUAAAUUGAGAAAAAGAAACAAAUGAAUUAUAUCUCUAAGUCUUUAUUAUAUAUUAUUCUUAAUAUAUAAAAUAUUAUUCUA